AUCAACAUGGCGGAUCUCGUAUGGAGUUUUGGUGGUAAUUUUCUCGCCGUUGUUUGCAGUGCUGGGGCUAAAGUUCUGGAUGUAAGGCAAUAUGACUAAAAUUUUAGGCAACAUGACUCAAGUUUCAGGUGACUUGACUUUAAGCGAGAUGAAUUUUGGAGAUGGAACCUGCAAGUUUUCUCAUGCUGUUAAUUGUGAACCACAGUCAGCUUUACCAGAUGAUGCCAGCACAUUGGGACAUGGAGUACUUAGUUGUUUUUCAAAGUCAGGGGGGUUAUUUGCCCUUUGUACUCCACACAAAGAAUUAUUCAUUUGGCAGACAAAUGACUGGAAACUGCUAAACAAGAGAGAGGUCAUUAGAAGAUCAACAGUUAUAUUAUUCACAAAUAAGGAGGACAGCAUUAUAGUCAGCAACAAAGGAGGAGAUGUCUACAGGUUUUUUGUGCAUGAUAUUGUUAAAGAAAAAGAACUACUGUUGGGACAUGUUUCCAUGAUUUUAGACAUGGUUCUUACUGGAGACGACAAGUUUUUAAUUACAUCAGAUAGAGAUGAGAAGAUACGAGUCAGUUGUUUCCCAAACUCUUAUAACAUCCAUACAUUUUGUCUUGGACAUUUAGAUUUUGUCAGCUGUUUAGCCUUGUUAUCAGGAAGUCAAAACAUUCUUGUGUCAGGUGGAGGGGAUGGGACUGUAACAUUCUGGAAUCCUGAUUCAGGCAAAGAGAUAACUUCCAAAAAGCUAGAAUAUUCAACAAAAGAUGUCAAAGAGGAAAACCAAGAGGAAGACCAGCUCUGUUGUCCCAUUGUUUCAUCCUUAACUUGCUGUUGCAGAAAUUCAGUGGUGUGUGCUAUUAUAGAAAGAUGUAAAACCAUUUAUUUAUAUCAUGCAAGUCACAAAGAGGCGAGAACCCUCCCUUCUGUAGAAGCCAGUGUACCCCCCUGGAGUGCAGUAUUUGACCCAGAGGGUAGACUUUGGUGUGUACAGCCCUACCCUGAGGAAUCUGUGUUGGUUUUUGAACCUUUUGGAGACUUACCAGACUUAAUGUUCGUAAAAUUGACGUCAGACUUUUCACCGCUUCUGUCAUCAGUUAGCGACUGGAACUAUUUAAAAGGUAGUUUAAAUCAGGAGCGUAAACUGGAUUCUCUGAGAAAGAAAGAGGUCGACAAUUUAACGGAAUACCUGGCAAGAAAAGAAGAACGAAUGGAAAAGAAAAAUAACAAGAAUAAACUGCAAGACAACGGUCAUGCCAAAAUGGACGACUCCACCAUUGAACCGACCACAGAACGUGAAGCAAAGAGACCAAAACUUGAGGCAGCAAGUUGACUUGGCCAACUUAAUACUCUUGUGUAUCCCAUGAAUCAAACAAAACUUACCAAUGGCUUGGAGUAAUUAUCGAUUUCAUCGAAACUAGCAGCGUACCAGAAUUCCAAAGGGUUUUUAUUGCCAAAACAAUACAUGUAGUCUUUCAGAGAAGAGGCUAAGAAAUUAUGCCGUCAGCUCUGCUACCGGCUGAAAUUUCUGGUGGCUCAAAGGUGGUGAACGAUUGUAAGUGUGUAACCUCGGAGGUGCCCGUUGUGCUUUACUAAGCGAUCCCCUCACAAAAUCCGUCCGGCGACCGUCGCUUUAUUCAUCUUUUUUAAUUCUAUCUCGGCAUUUACAUCUUGCCUUUUAAGGCUUUCUUCUGGGAGCCGAAAAAUUACUUUUAUGAAAAAUUUUUAAACAGACAGCGCUCUUCUAUUGUUAGUUUUAUUUUGGUUGAGCUCACGAGUGCUGAAUUUAUUUUAUAAGUGAUUAUGCCAUUGUUUACCAACUCUAAAAGACUGACCUUUUUCAGUUGCAUUUGCGCAGUUUGAGUUUACACCUUCAUUUUGAUGUUUGGCCUGUUUUUUUUCGAUAGUUCAAGGCAAUAUCUGUCCACACCAGUUAAUGAUUUUCUAGAACCAUUGGAAAAGAUUGUUUAAAUACAAGUUAAUGAAUUGUGAAUAUCUGUUAGAGUAAAGAAGAAAAAAAAAAUCGAUUUUACUGAGCGUCUUUGGGUUUUGUUUCUGAAAGUAGUUAUUUUUUACAGCUCAUGUAUCCUUAUUUGACGCUUCAAAGGUAACUGAAGUUCUUCACGUGGAUCGCUUACCAUUUCAAGGUCAGAACUGAUUAAACAAACUCUUCAAUGGAGGCUUAGACAUGCCUGCCUGACAGUUUUUGCUUGA